UUGUAGAAGCAUUCACAAUGCUCAUCAAAGAAAUUGAGAAUGAGAUUCAGAAGUACGAGGAGGCUUCUUCAGGUCAACUCGGAAGGUAUCUGAUAGCGGGCAAGCAGCUGUCCCCUGGCGAAGUGAUUCUCCGCGAGAAGCCGCUGGCAGUGGGUCCCGCAGUCUUCAACGACAAUUUAUUAUGCUUCGGCUGCCAGCGGACAAUCCCAAACCUCCCACUCCUGCUCAGGUUCCACUGCAAGACCUGUGGAACCGCGAUCUUCUGCAGUUCCCCAUGUGAAGCUCGUCGAGGUCUCCACACGCCCCCAGAAUGCGCAGCAUUCAAGGGAUCUCGACACCUGAGGGACCUCGACUGGCCCGAAUUCCGGGGGAUCAUCUUCCCGCUGCGUCUGUGGCUCCUCCAGGAAGCGGACGGCGACUCCUGGCGGGCGCUAAUGGGCCUGGAGGCCCACCUGGAAGACCGGAAGGACACGCGAGUCUGGCAGGAUCGCCAGGAGACCGUCGUCGACGUCCUGAGGCGGCUGGGGCUGGCGGAAAAUGCCGACAACGUCCUCCAAAGGAUCUGCGGAAUCGUCGACGUCAACUCCUUCGAGCUCCGAUCCCCAGGAACUCUCGAGAAUUCCCCCCUCCGGGGACUCUAUCCCAAGGCUGCCCUCAUGGCUCACGACUGCAGGGGAAACACUCACUUGACUGUCGACGACGAUUUCAAUUUAACAGUUUACGCUAGUCUUUCUAUCGACAAAGGCGCGCCCAUCCUCUUCAAUUACACCUCUUCCUUGCUGGGGACUCUUGAGAGACGCGCGUUCCUUCGGGAGGGGAAGUACUUCAAUUGCAAUUGCGCGAUGUGCCGGGAUCCCGAGGAACUCGGGGCGCAUCUCAGUUCGAUUUUGUGCCCUCGGUGCAGGGAGGGAUUCCUGGGGGUUGAAGAUCCGGACGUUGGGAAUCCAUUUGUUCGGAAGAGAAAUUGGAUUUGCGGUUAUUGUGGGAGAUCGUACUCCGGGAAACUUGUCAGGAGUACAUUGGAUUUGGCGCAGUGGAAGAUUAUAAAAAGCGAUCAUUCGAGGGCUAAGGACUUGGAGGAAUUGAUCAAGAGCCUAACUCGUACGUUCCACCCCCACCAUUCACUAUUACUGAAUCUGAAACAAAAAUUGUUGGCAAUUUAUAGAAAGGAAAUGGCGAGUUUACGUCCCCAGAAACAAAUCCUUCAGAGAAUGUUAGAACUGUGUAGAGAAUUCGUGGAGGUUCUGGAGAUUGUUGAGCCCGGAAUUUCGAGACUGAAAGGAAUUAUGCUGUACGAAAUGCAUCUUCCAAUGGUCAUUCUAUCGAAUCGCGCCUACACGUCCCGAGAGAUAUCGUCAGAAGAAUUGGCAGUUCGUCUGGAGGAGGCCGCGAGGCACCUGAAGAAGGCGCUGUCGAUGCUCCUCCUUGAACCUGCGACCACCCCCGAAGGACUGUUAGCGAAAAGAGCGCUUCAGGAAUAUAAAACACUUCGUCAGAAUUUGGAGGACGUAAAGUCUCUUCCGCCUGCCCCGAAAUCGACUAGUUUCACUUGUAAAAAAUGAAGUAAUUAAACCCCCAAAAAUUUUACCAUCAAUUAACCCC